AUGUCGAUGCCAAUGUACUUUCAAUGGAGCACAGAAGUUACCGUUCUAUUCGAACAAUGGCACGUCGAGUCGCCUGGUUGGUACACGGUAACUGCCGUGGCCAUCUUCCUUGUGGGCCUGUUUUACGAGUGGCUUAUCACCUUCCGCCAAGGCUAUGAGCAGAGAAUGCACUCCAAGAGGUUAGAAGAAGAGUUGAAGAUCCAGUGUGACGAUGAUCUGUAUGACGUACAGGCAAGCCAGCCACUCAAGAAGCUUCUCCGACUCACUCCCCAACACCAGUGCGCACCGCUCUCGUUCUCCUAUCCGCGCUUGCUUGAUGAACGCACUUCACUCAGGAACCGCACCCCUUCCGGCGCCGGCUACUUCCUGUUCGCUCGCCUGCGCCGCAACGUCGUCAUCAACGAAGCCGGAUGUCAUUAG